GAAUACACCUAUGUUGACCUUUUUGAGUAUUGUAUUCCUCAUCAUACCUUUGCCAUAACUGCUGAUGAGCAAAUACGAAAAGAAGUAAACAAUACCCUUGCAAAAAUUGCUGGAAUGGUCCAGAAUUUAUAUGCAAAGGCCAAAGGAGGUAGCAAGAGAGAGGAACUUAACUCAAAAGUGAGAAGAUUCCACAUUUUUGAAGGACAAACACUUUCAGUAACUUGCUUGAGGGAAGAAACUGAGGCUAUUAGAGAUGAACUGGAGGAGUGGAAGCAGAAUUACCAGCAUCUUGAAGCAGAGAGUAAACAGCUAUUUGCAGAAAUGUAUUUAGCCAUUCAAGAGAAGGAACAAAGUUUGUCUAACCUUCAGUCAAAGAAUGAAGAACUCCAACAUUACUUCGAGAAAAUUGAAAAUUCAGACAAAACUUAUGUGGGGAAAGAUAUAUCAGAGGUGAAGAAGAAGUCUCGCACUUUAAAGGAAUUUAUGUGUAGAGCCAAAACUGCUUUGUGGUUUGCAAAGUCAUUUGGACUGGAACUAGAGUCAAUGACUAUGAAUGAGCAAAAGACUGGCAUCAGUCACACAGUAAUGGCUGAAGACCAGAUGUCAAAUUACAAUGGGAACUCAAAUGCAUUUGACUCACUGUCUGAAGAGGAGAAGUCCAAAGUAGAAAAGGUGCUAUUUUUAUUAGAUAAAUUUUGUGUUGGAGACAACUUUUUUAUCAUGAGCUUACAAUGGUAGUUGAUGGCUUGCCAAAGUCAUACCUUGUAAAAAGCAAAGGAGAAGUCAGCUGAAUGACAUCUGUCAUAUCACCUCCACCCCGGUGAGACGGAAGGGGCACAGACAUCAUUCACUGACCUUCUGAGAGACAGGGUUCAAGACUAUGUGGCAAGCCAUCCACAUGUGGAUCAUGUACAAAUCAAAAUUUCAGGGGAUGGGGCGAGAAUGACCAGAAAUUCUAGUUUCAUACUUAUGAGUUUUGCCCUACUCCAUUCAGAUGAUGAAGUUAUGGCAGCAAAAGGUAACCACACCAUAGCUGUUGUAAAGGGUAAAGAACACUACAAUACCUUAAGGCAGUCAUUUGAAGAUGUCUUCAAGGACAUCAAUUCUCUUAUAAGUAAGAAGAAAAUAGAAGUGGGUGGCAAAUCAAUUAAUUUGGAAUUUUUCCUAGGGGGCGAUUACAAAUUCAUUUUACUUGUGAUGGGUUUGAAGGGUGCUACCUCACACUAUGCAUGUGUAUGGUGCAAAAUACACAAAGACAUGAGGUGGGACACAAGCUUCAAUUUAGACCAUUAUCAAUCUCCAGAUCUAAGGAGAACUCUUACAGAGAUGUUUGAACUAGUAAAGAAAAAGAAACAAAAUGACAAAUAUUGCUGUGAACAUGAGCCUCUACUUCAUAUAGAGCUCGAUCAUGUAGUGUUGGAUGAACUGCACCUUCUAUUAAGGAUUUCAGAUGUUCUCAUA